AGUCAUGUCACAAAUGUUUUCAACUUUUCAUUUUCGUUCUCAUUCAUGAUGAGAAAACCUGUGUUUUAAUGAAAAUUGCUUGUGAUGUGCAGGAUAACUCAAAAGAUAUGAAUCCGUAUAAAGAUUUAGACGAUAGUUCUUUUACUGCGCCUCAUCUAGCUUACGAAGACAUAGCAACGAAGCUAUUGAAGGACAACUAUUUCCUUACAGCUUUAGAACUUCACACUGAGCUUGUAGAAAGUGGUAAAGAGCUCCCACAGCUUCGAGAGUUCUUCUCAAAUCCUGGUAACUUCGAGCAGCAUGUAUCUAGGGCCCAGGAAUUUGGAUCUAUGCACCGUACACCUAGCCAGGCGACUCUGGAUUCACUGGACACGGCUCGGUACUCGGAGGAUGGAGGAGGGGACCGGGCCGGCAGCGGAGGAGAUGUGGCCGUGCUAGAGUUUGAACUGAGAAAGGCUAGAGAAACUAUAAACUCCUUGAGGGCUAACCUUACGCAGUUUGCAGAUGGAGAAUCAGGCCUGGAUAACAACCCAAAGGAUAAAUCAAAUCAGAGAGCAUUAAAACCUCAUGAGAAAAGAGCCCUCAACUUCUUAAUUAAUGAAUAUCUGUUACUUCAAGACUACAAGCUCACAUCUAUAACAUUUUCUGAUGAAAAUCCAGAUCAGGACUUUGAAGAUUGGGAUGAUGUUGGCUUGAUUUUACCUCGGCCAUCAGGCCUAGUGUCCCUUUUUUGGGGCACAUCCAAUAUGAAUGUGCCAAUGAGUGAUGCUUCUACUGAAAUGUGUUGGGAAACUGUUGAUGUGGAGUGUCAGACCAAUGAUGAAGAGGUGUGUGUCAGCUGCCAGUCACAUGCAACCACUGAUGCUAACUGGAGCCAUGAGGUUCUAGUACAAGCAGAAGAGAUAGAACUACUCAAACAAAAGAUCAUCGCCUUGGAGACUGAGAAACUCAACUUCCAGAAGCUGUAUGAUGCUGCCAUUGUCAGCCUGAAUUCUUUAACGAGUCCUGGCUCGGACAGCAAGGGCUUAGACCUGAACAUUCCAGAGAGUAAACUGCAGCUAUUGAGGAAUAAACUAGAGGAAGACAAUCAGCCACUUCCGUGCACCGCUACUGAGAAUCACUACGGCAGUGGGCAUUCAACCCACAGUGCCACUCCUGAGCAAUUUGAAAUGAUUGAGAGUGAUAAAACCAUGGCCAAGAAAGACAGUUCAACAGCCAGCUCGCUAGACCCUAGCGCGGGGUGCGCCGACACGCCACACCGGCGCGGCAGUGUCGCCACACUCGACGACACUCUGAGCAUCAAUGAUGGAGGCGAGUGGACUAGGGUACCGUACGAGAACGCGGGAGUCGAGGGUAGCAGGGAGAUGUGGAUCGAUAGCGGUCUCCCGAAUACCCUGAAGGUGUCAAUCCUUAGGUGGUGCGUGGAGACACUGGACAUCAGCGAGCCACUAUCCAGUGACCUCUUGACAGAGUUGGUGAACAGUGAAAAGCCUAUCACACUGCCGGGUCUGCUUGAAUUGGUCGCCGACACGCUGCCUAGGAUAAUCCCCCACACGCUAGUUUCACGUCGCUGCGAGGCGGCGGCGCUACUGGCAUGUUGCGUUCACUUACUGGCGAGUGACGUCACGCGGCGCACGCGACUGCUGCAGACGUUGCUGACGCUACUCAAGAAGCCUGACGCGCAGGAGACCAGGUGCAUUUGUGAAGCUGCAUGUCUAAUAGUGAAAUGGGGCGGCAGCGGCGAAGUACUAUCAUCAAUAGCAGAGCUCAUAACCUCCAGAUCAUCCGAACGCAAGUUAUUAGCCAGCCAAAUCUGCGUGUCGAUCGCGCCCUACGUAUCCAUAGAACUGUGCACGUCUCUUCUACUUAGCCUGGUUAUACUGAUGUGUGAAUCCAACGAGACUGAAGUCAGAAGUCUAGGGCUGAAAGCUGCGUGUUUAAUUUGUCCUGUGGGAGAACAUAAGUAUGGACAAUUGGAGAGUCUGAUGUUUGGUUUCCUCAAGGAUCCUGUGGAGAAAAAUGUGAAAGAUACCGUUAAUAUAUUCGUGCCUGUUUUGGCGAGGACUGCUUUAAUUGCUGGAAAAUUCUCAACAGAUCUCUGCAGCAAAAUACUAACGAAUUUAAACAAACUGUGCACCGAGAAAGAAUGGAGAGGCGCGCUGUUGCACUUAGAUAUAUUAAGAGUUUUAGUUUUAGCAAAAUUGGCCUUCGUAGUCAAUGUACAAAUAGUUAGAGAAGUGAACCACUGUGAUAUGGAAAUUAUGAACUACCAGGAAGUUCCUUUAGAGAAUGAACCAGAAAAUUUCUUGGAUAUUCAAUGUUAUGUUGUUGAUAAUAAUGUUGAUGUUAAGGCGUUGGCUGGUGCAAUGAAUAGUUUAAUUAAAGAUAAGCCUGAUGUGCGAUGGCCAGAAUUGACCUGGUUUGUAAAUAUAACAAAGCAAAUACUAGAAAUAGCAACAAACAGCAAGAGUUUAAACCAACCGAACGUCUACUCGUCUUUAAUAUCCCUGUUCAGUAGAUACGUAGAUAGCUUCGAGGUGCAUUUCACAACACACGUUCUGAAACCUAUAUUUAUGGAGAUAAUAACAGAUUUGGAACAAAAGAUGGACAAAUUACAUGCGAUCAAUGUGGACAGCACGGUUGUAGUUGGAAUUUAUUUUGUUACUGUUUUACCUGCGCUUGAAGAUGUUGAUGAGAUUGGGGAGUUUGUACAGAAAUGGAUAAUGUACAGCAGUAUUAGAGGGCUUCCCGUGAAUGUAUUAUCAGUGCCUCUGCAGUGGGUGGCCAAGAACAAGCCAGAUCUACUGGAUGUGUACCUGCAACACCUCAGAGAAUUCGCAGCUCACAGUGUGUCAAAUGCGAGCGGGGCGGCGGCGCGCGUGUUGGUCGCGGGCUUGGUGGCGGCGGCGGGCGCGGGGGCGCAGGCGCUGCCGGCUGUGACGGCGCUACUGCAUGAUGAGGACACCUCAGUCCGCGAAGCCGCAAUCCCAGCCUGGGCUGCCCAACACCGGCACACCAGCGGCCCGCAGCGCGAACGCUCGUGGGCCGCACUAGAGCAAGCCUUGGCCGCCCCUGGCGCGGGGGAGGCGGCGCGCGCGGCCGACGCACUCGCCUCGCUGCUGGGGACGCCCGGCCGAGGGGGCGAUGAUACUGCGAUCCAGCUGCUCUGCUCCCUCUGUUCCACCGCGCCGCUGACGGCAGACAGCGCGGCCGCCCUGACCGCCGCGCUGACGCAGGCCACGCACCACGCGCCCGAGCAUCCCCUCCUGCCGCCCGCCCUCAGAAAACUAGAAGAAGGCGUGCAAGCCCCGGGCCUGGCACAGUACAAAUCGUCGAUAGAAGCGCUCAUCCACAACGUCGUUGGAAUGACGCCGUCGAGGGAAGUGACGUCAUCGCGCGACGCAAAACCGACGACGUCAAACCUCCUUGCGGCUCAAGAGGCGGUGGGCAGGCGAGUCACGCAAAUGUUCCAACAAUCGAAAACCAAUAUGAACAUACCGAAUAUAUUCAAAAAGAAAACGUAGCACGCACCGUGGAUGUAAAGUUUAAUUAUUGAGUUUUUAAAGAUUGUAGUAAAAAGUUUGGAAUUAAAAAAACGCGGUUAUUUUUGGUAUGCUCAACAACAAUUUUAAAAUACUGAGCACUCUGAGCAGUCUGUUACAUUAUUAAAUAGUUAUAUUUUUGUGACUAUGAAACAUGUAAAAUAUUGUUAAACUUUCUAUCUUAUAUUAGGUAGAUGCUCAACAAGCAAAUCUUCAUCUUAGCUUGUCGGUGAAAAGCAACAGAGAGAGAUUACUUGGGCAGGCUCGUUUCGAAACAUGAAGAUGAAUGAUGUUAUGAAUUAUUAUCCACUAUUUAGGAACGAAUUUAAAUCUUAUCCUGCCAAAAUGUGGUUAUUGUGAGAACUAAUAUGACUCGAUUUGAUCAGCGUUAUAAUACAGGUAGUCUUUGGUUUGGACAGCUUUUAAUUUAUACUAUGUUUGCUUCAAAAUCACCCCCCCAAUAUACUGUGCCGAUGCCACGCCCUACAUUCCAUGUCCAUUUAUUUAUAUCAGUAGAAAAAUAUCAGCAGUUCCUUCUUACCUCACUGAUAUUUUUGACAAAAUUAUAAACAUUUCUGAGUGCUUCCUUUAAAAAUCUUGCUAUUGUUAUAUUAUAUCAUAUCAGUGACUUUAAGAUUUUGUAAUUAUGUUAUUCCCUCCAUAUUUAAAUUUUAUUGUUAUGAUACUUUUUUUUAAAUAAUGUGACUAAUUUAAAUUUAAUUCGAAAUGUACUUACUUACAAAUAAUUUAAUUAAGAAUCUCAUUUAUAAUAAUUUAUGUUAUAAUAAAUUUUAAAAUUAGGUAUAAUUUUUAUAGUAUUUUUUCAGGGAAAAUUAAACAGGGCAAGUUAAAUGACCUACCCGUAUCAGAUGGUUUUUUUCAAUCAAAAAUAGUUUAUGUAUACCACAGUACAAAAUCGGAUUUAAUUAAUUACUGAGGCCUCGUUAUAAAUCAUUCUGUUAGUCCUGAUUCAUGAUAGCACAAUGUUGAAUUUUAUCUUCGUAAUUAAAUUAUUUAUUACAUAA